AUGGGCAAAGCCUGCUUCUGUGGUCCAGUGGCUAUUGAGCUGUUCUCUAUGGGAGGUAUUGCUGAAUGUGGUGUGAGCGUUGACACUAAAGCUUCACCACGUCGUGCAGCCAUAGAGAAAGCUCAAGAGGAGCUCAGGCAGGAAUAUGAUGUCCGUGAAGAACGAAGGAGGGAGCUUGAAUUUCUGGAGAAGGGAGGCAAUCCCUUGGAUUUCCAACUUGGCCAUGUAGCUUCGCUUAGUGUACAGUCCACUUCUGUGACAGAACAGAUAGCUGAACAGAAUGUGAUAAGUGAGACCAAAGGUAGUUUUGCAUUUGCUACGUCACCUCAUGGGGAUUCUGUUGAAAGCAGUGGCAAGCCAGGAAAUUCAUUGUGCCGUGAAGGCAAUACAGCCGAUAAUCUUAUGCUUUUGGAUGGAGAUGCCAGCAACAUAGGUGGGGAGAAAAUUUCGAAACGUGGAACUAAGAGAACUAAUUCAGCUCAAGCCGAGCAGUUCCUGCACUGUGAUGGUCAGAACAAUGCAAAAGAAGAAGAUUCUGGGUUGUUCCGUCUUGGUCCAAAGAGCCAAGCGUACGCACGACGUAGGUCAAAGUCUAUCAGAGAGAAUGCAAAUAGUGCAUCUGUUAGGUAUCCACCAAUUCCUCCAUUGAGUUCUCAGCAAAAAGAUGUAACGGGGUUAAUCCCAGAAACCAAGACUGAGGAUAAUGGUGUUUCAUCCAUUGGUGAUUCAAAACCGACUAGUCUUAACUCUAAAAAUAUGCUGAAAAAUGCGUCAGUACUGAAUGAUAAGGUGGCAAUGGAGACGGAAAAUGUUCAAGCAAUUCCUGAAGGCAACCAAACAUCCAAAAAUGAGUUAUCAAACAGCAACAAUGGCAGUCCUGCUAUGGAGAUUUCACCAAACAGUGUGCCUGAUAAUUCUCAUCUUACUGUAGGUGAUCAGAUGGCUACUGCAUUUGCUUCUGUGGAAUCCCCAGAUGCUAUUUCAAAAGUAGCUGCUUCAAGGAUAGUUUGUUCUCUCCCAUCUAUAUCCAAUGAAAUAUCGAAAGAAGCACAAACUCUUGAGAAGGCAGGUAAUAGCCCAUCUAUGGUAAGUGUGGUUGACAUUCAUGCAGAUGGUAUGGAUAACAAUGGUGCAACACCUUACUCUGCUGUCAAAAGUGCUAGUUUGAAUGAAAAUGAAGUCGAUCCAAUUGAUGCAUAUGCUGCCAAAGCUGUUACUGAACAUCCAGGUCAAAAUGAGCAUCUUGUACCAGUGAGUGCAGAUGAAAUGGCUGAUGAAGGGUUGAAUAAGAUCCUACCUGACAACCAGGAUGACAAGAAAGACGGUCAACUGGAAGUUAGUAGUCGGCCUGUCGUUUUGGAUGACAGUUCUACUCCUGCACAUCCUGAAUUUAGCAAUUCCUUCUGUGCGAAAGAUGAAACAGAAGUUUGUAACAAUGCAGUAGAUUCAAAAAAUAAUGCAGAACAGCUUGCUACUUCUAAUCAGGGAAAAGGGAACAUGGAGGAAUGCAAAGAUUCUGAUGGAAAUAAUGCAAGUGAAUUGAGUGUUGCCCAAAAGCUAGCUUCUGUUACUGUGCCCCCUGCCACAGACACAGGUGUUGUGAGUAACUUUGUAGAAAAUGAUGUUGAGAAAUCUAGCAGAGAUCAGGAGAAGAUAGCAAAGAGGGAAUGUGAAGAUUCUGUCGUUGCAAAGAAGGAUCACGAAGAUGCUAUCCUCAGAAGGGCACGGUAUAUAGAGGCAAACAUUAAGAGGGCUGGUGAACGGUCUCUCUGCAAUAUUUCUUUGGAGAAGAAGCGGAAGAGCCACUGGGAUUUUGUUCUGGAGGAGAUGGUCUGGAUGGCAAAUGACUUCAUGCAGGAGCGCCUGUGGAAAAAUGCAGCUGCAGCACAGAUGUCCCACUGGAUUUCUUCUAAAGGGCGAGCGGUAUUUGAAGAAGCAAGCAUUCAGAGAAAGCAGAAAUCUGUUGCCAGAGUUCUGGCCAAUGGUAUUAUGAGCUUUUGGCGUUCAGUCUAUACUUUACGAGCUAGUGGUGGUAUUCCUAAACCAAUGCAAAUAGAGCAACCGAAUGAGCUAGAAGAAAAUAAGCUGGGUGGGGUCAAAGCAGGAAAACCGGAUGAGGAGUGUUUGGAGCAAGAAAGGUCUCGUCAGUCUCCUAUUCAGAGCUAUGCACUUAGGCUUCUUGAGUACAACAUUAAUGCAUCUGAAUGUCUGCCAUUUGCCGAAGCACCACCAACUCCUGACCGGCUAAAUGAUUUUGGCAUUUUGAAAGUACCUGACCAACUUUCAGAAGCAAAUCUCUUUUACGGCGUAACACCUGGUGCAAUGCAGGCAUACAGGGAGUCUAUGGAGCGUCUCUUUGUUUAUAAUAACAAGAAAGUUGGUAACACUGUACUCAAGGAUGAUUAUGAGCCAUCAACAUAUGCAUCUGUCACAGAUGUCCCUAUGGACAAUGCAUAUGGAGAUGAUGAAAGGGAGGCACACACCUAUUUAUUGCCUGGAGCUUAUGAUGGUGGUUUGGCAUCAAAAAAUAGUCACAAAAAGAAGCACCCUUUGCUGCAGAGGAUAAAUGGCGCAAGGUCGUAUGAAAUUGGUGCUGACAGUCCUUAUGAACCACCGUAUUUGGAAAGCAAAUCAGGAAACCAGAAACUCUUAUCGAACGGCAAACAAACAGACUUCCUCACCAUUCCUAUAAAACGCAUCCGCACAGCAGCUAGGCAGCGGGUUGCGAGUCCAUUUCCUGCUGGUGCUUCUGGGACCCCUCAAUUCACAAAUAAAACAGACGCAUCUAGUGGAGACACAAACUCCUGUCAAGAUGAUCAAAGUUCAUUACAUGGAGGGUCAUUUUCCAGGAAGAACGCAGAUAUAGAGUCCACUGUUGAUUUUGACAGACAAUUGUUGUAUGAUGGUAGUGAGGUGUCUACAAAAUCUAAAAAGAAGAAAAAGACUAAGCACCCAGGCUACAAGGCACUACCAAACGUGGCCGAAUCUUGUUCAUUGAUGGCUCCUGGAAAGGGCACUUAUGAUCCUAGAUCUCAGAUCGAUAUGAUAGCUCAAUAUGAGCAGAAGGAUUAUAUUAAAAAGAGACCGGAGACUCAUCAAUUCGAGUCAAAUGGGAAUUUUGUGGUUAAUGGCCUACAUGCUGCUAAGAAGCCUAAAUUGUUGAAUCAAGCACCAGAUAUUUCACUGGAAGCUCUUACACCAGUUGGUCCAAUGGCCUCUCCUGCUGCAUCACAAAUGAGCAACAUGGCAAACCCUACGAAGGUCAUAAAGAUUAGCACCCGUGGAAGAAAAAGUAAAGGACUCAAGAUGCCAGCUGGUCAUUCAGGUCCUGGAAGCCCAUGGUCAAGUUUUGAGGAUCAGGCUCUUGUUGUCCUUGUCCAUGAUAUGGGUGAAAACUGGGAAUUGGUGAGCGACGCCCUUAACAGCAUUAUCCAAUUGAAGUGCAUAUACAGAAGGCCUAAUGAGUGUAAGGAACGCCAUAAACUUCUGACGGAUAAAAGUUGUGGUGAUGGUGCUGACAGUGCUGAUGACUCAGGCUCAUCUCAGCACUAUCCUUCUGCAUUGCCUGGGAUUCCAAAGGGUAGUGCAAGGCAACUGUUUCAGCGCCUUCAAGGACCGUUUGAGGAAGAGACUCUCAAGACACACUUUGAGAAAAUAAUAUUCCUUGGACAAAAAUUGCAUCAAACUUGUAGAAAGGGUGAGAUCCAGGAACUGAGGCAAAUAAAUCCGCUUCAUACUUCUCAUGUUUUUGCACUUUCUCAAGCAUGUCCAGGCAACUUACCUGGUGUCAUUUUGACGCCACUUGACCUUUGUGAUGGACCUUCGAACUCGGAUGCACUUUCUAUUGGUUAUCCAGGAUCUCACACAAGUGGGUUAGCUCUUCCAAACAAUAAUUGUUCUGUUGGUCCUACUCUUCCCACUUCAAAUAUGAACGUGAGAUUACCAGGUUCUCCUGGUAUGGUUUUAGGAAGCAAUUCGCCAUUGCCUUUGAAUGCUCCCUCUAGGGAUGCUCAGAGGUUUGGUGUACCUAGACCAACCUCAAUACAGGGUGAUGAGCAAUCAAGAAUUCAUUAUAACCAGAUGGUCAAUGGCAGAAACCUUCAGCAACCUGGAGUUCCUGUUCCUGGUGUGUUGCCAUCUGGCGUUGAUCGGGGUGCCCGAAUGAUGCCACCCACACACGGUGUUGGAAUCAUGACUGGACUAAAUCGAGGUACACCUGUUACUAGGCCGGGUUUUCGAAGGCUUGGUUCUCCUGGAAACAUGUCACCCAACAAUGGUCAAGGCUUAAAAAAUACAGUAAACGUUCAUCCUGGUGCCAUACCGGGACCUGGAAGUACUAUGUUGAGGCCACGUGACCCAAUGCAGAUGCUUAGGCCUGGCCAGAAUUCAGAAGAGCAUAGACAGAUGAUAAUGCCAGAGUUUCAGUUACAAGUCUCACAGGGAAAUAAUCAUGCUGUGCAUUUCAGCGGUCCACCAUAUUCCAACACUGGGGCAUCUUCACCUGUUCAAUCUUUCCCUGUCCAGCAGUCCCAACCACAUCAGAUGCCACAACAAUCACACAUGUAUGGAAACACACACCUUCCUCAUACCCAAGGAACAAACCAGUCAAAUCCACAGCAGCAGCAGGCUUAUGCUAUGCGCUUGGCUAAAGAGAGACAUAUUCAACAAAUGAUGCCCCAACAACAGCGCCCACUAUCUGGAGCCAGUGCAGUGUCAGCUGUACAGAAUGGCUCACAGAUGCAACAGCAGAGCCAAGGAUCUGCAACCGGUGUAAUCCCAGUUACACAGCCACAGCGUAAGCAGCAACAUCCUGCACAAAAUGCACAAGGUAACCCAAUGCUUCCCCAUCAGCCUUCAGCCGCAACUUCACAUAAACAGAAGAAGCAACAGGGCCAGCAGCAGCCUAGACAAAAUCAACAGCAACGAAAUCAAGGCAGUCAGCAAGCUAAGCUUAUGAAGAGCUUAGGCCGAGGGAACAUGGUGCACCAGAGUCCUGUGGAUGUUACUCAAGCCAGUGGCAUUUCAACAAACUGUAAAAAUCAAGUUCCUGAUAAGAAUGUAAUGCAACAGGCUCCAGGGCAUUUUGUUGGUAGUAAAGGAUCAAUCCCAUCGAUACCUCAACCUGGGAAUCAACCAAAGGUAUACACUUCUCAGAUGCCUUUGUCUCCAAUGCAGACACCAGAUAUUAGUAAUCAGGGCACAGUCAAGGGUUCUUCCAACCAUACCUUGUUAACUUCCCAACAAGGUUCACUUCAUUCACCUUUACAGUUGGCACAGCAACAGCAGCAGCAACUACGGUACAUGAAUCCAUCACAGAAUAAUAUUCAAAGGUUGAUAAUGCAACAAAAUCGUCAUGCGAACACAGAUGGCAGGAUUGAAUUACCUGUUGACCAAGUACAACAUAACCAGGUAAUGUCAUCUGCCUCACUUGCAAGAAGUACAGAUUCGGGUAGCCCAGGCAUCUCAUCUAUGAGCCAGCGGAAACAAGAGUCAGCCCAUGACCCAAGUGCAAUUACCUCAAGCUCGCAGCUAGCUAGCUCACCUCAAGACACCUUUGUUGGAAGUGAUAAGCUGUUGCCAUCAUCCAGCCAAAGCAGGCUGCAAAGGCAAAUGUCUGGUGGUGUGCCUAUACAUGGACAUGGCAUUGGUGGCCAGGUGCAGCUACAACAGUCUCGGCAGCAACUGCAGUCUCAGCAGCAGCAGCAGCAGCAGCAGCAGCAGCAGAGACCUGUUGUUCAAGGCGGUGUAUAUGCUCACCCCUCAAAUUCCGGACCAGGAUGA